AUGGCCCCCCACUUCGAUUCUACAAAGGUUGAUUUGAAACCGAGACGCCAUCACGGUUAUGCCGUCGUACUCUUCAUAUUUGGGACGCUGUUCCCCCCACUUGCUGUCGCCGCAAGGUUCGGUAUAGGCAAAGAUUUCUGGUUGAAUUUGCUUCUAACUAUAUGUGGCUACAUCCCUGGGCAUGGCCAUAACUUUUACAUUCAGAAUAUUCGAAACAACAAAAACCAUGCACGGACCCCAAAGUGGGCCCAGCGAUACGGCCUCGUCGACACGUCCGAGAUCAAACGCAAGGAGAGAAAGUCGCAAUGGGCUAAUCGAUACAAUGACCGUUUGCCUGAAUCUACGUACGAAGGGCAACCACUAGAAGAAGGAGAGGUCGCUGGAUCUAGCACGAGUUUGCCAGCAGAUGCCCAGCGGCAGUCGGGCAAGAAGCAAGCCAAUGGAGACCUAUGGCGUCCAGAAGAUGAAUCCUACUACAAUGCAGAGCAGGACAACAACUCUACUCGCUCCUCGGGGCGAUGGCACUUUCCUGCCAACUUCGACGACGCAAUUGCAGACGAGCCUAUCAAGAAGAACAAGAAGAAGAAAAAGGACAAGAAGGAUAGAUGGGCCAGGACAGAGGAUGCAUACUCGCUAUCGGAGCAGACUUCGAAGCGUAAAAAGUCGAAGAAGAAGCGGUCGUCUGCUGUCGGAGAUGGGGCGGCUAGCACAUAUUCCAACAGCUCGACGACAGAGUUCCCGGAAGAUCCAGAAGGCGGACUUUAUGCGCCAAGGCCAGACAGAGCGAAAGACACGACUUCACCGAAAGAGAAUGGUCAGGCCACGGAUGAUACGCUCUUCACCCAUCAGUUCUGA